AGGGAAGCAUUUCGGACGCUUCCUGGCCCAUGAUAAGAAGCUACCAGUCCUGUCAGACUCGUCCAGUCGGGGAGGAAUGGGUGCAGGCCCUGGGUCUCGCUCCAGUAUCCUCCCGGGUGCGGCCAGCACCAUGGACACCUCACGGGCUCUGCUGCUCUUCCUGCUCCUGGCCUCCAGAGUAGGGAUCCACGCCUGCAAAGCCUCUUCUGGAAUUCAGAGACCCAGUCUCUCCUCGGACUCAGAAAGCUCUUCCCAGGGCCCGGGUUCGAAAGUUCCCUCCGUCAAACCCCCCAGCUGGAAAUUUCCAGAUCAGUCUCCAGGUUCAAAAUCCUCUACUGAUAUCCCUCAUUCCGAAUGGGCUCCUGAGGCGCUGAAUUCGACUGAUGUGCCUGGGUCCUCCGGGUCCAAGGUUUCUGCUGAGAGUGAAAAUCUGAACCUGGACCCCUUCUCUGGAAUCCCUGGUUCCAAAGUAUUUCCUGAUACCUCGGGUUCUGAAGUUCCUGCCGCAAGCCCGGAGCCUUCCUUCUCUGUUAAGAUCCCAGCUUCCAACACUUCUACUCAAGUCCCCAAUACUAACACUGUGGAGGCCCCAGUUUCAGAAUUCUCCCCUGAAGAUCAGGAUCUUGAAUUCUCUGCCCAAAGCCUGGAUUCCAAAGUUCCCUCGGAGGCCCACUCAGAGGCAAGCUUCCCCCCUCAGGUGGGGGGGCCUCUCGCGGUGCUGGUGGGGACCACCGUCCGGCUCCCCCUGGUUCCAGUCCCCGACCCUGGCCCCCCUUCCCCUCUGGUGAUUUGGCGCCGAGGUUCCAAGGUGCUGGCAGCCGGGGGUCUGGGGCCAGGUGCCCCUCUGAUCAGCUUGGACCCCACUUACCAAGACCGCCUACAAUUUGACCAGGCCCGAGGGGGCCUGGAACUCACCUCUGCCCAGCUAGAGGAUGCUGGGGUCUACACAGCUGAGGUCAUCCGGGCCGGGGUCUCCCGGCAGAUUCGGGAGUUCACUGUGGGGGUAUAUGAGCCCUUGCCCAAGCUGUCGGUGCAGCCCGAGGCCCCGAAGACAGAGGAGGGGGCGGCGGAGCUCCGGCUGCGCUGCGUGGGCUGGGAGCCAGGAAGCGGGAAGCUGAGCUGGACCCGGGACGGACGCGCCCUGGAGGCAGCGGACCCCGAGGGAGCGGAGCCACCCCGGAUCCGCACAGAGGGCGACCAGCUGCUCAUCGCGCGCCCCGUGCGCAGCGACCACGCCCGGUACACCUGCCGCGUCCACAGCCCCUUCGGCCACACGGAGGCCGCGGCCAACGUCAGUGUUUUCUACGGUCCGGAUCCUCCGGUCAUCACUGUCUCCUCGGACCGCGACGCCAACCCCGCCCUCUAUGUCACCGCGGGCAGCAACGUGACCCUGCGCUGCACCGCCGCCUCGCGGCCACCGGCCGACAUCGCAUGGAGCCUGGCCGACCCGGCCGAGGCCGCGGUGCCCGCCGGCCCGCGCCUCCUGCUGCCCGAUGUCCGGCCCGGCCACGCCGGCGCCUACGCCUGUCUCGCCGCGAACCCGCGCACCAGCAGCCGCCGCCGCUCGCUGCUCAACCUCACGGUGGCGGAUCUGCCCCCCGGGUCCCCACUGUGCUCAGUCGAAGGGGGUCCUGGGGACCGAGUCCUCCGCUUCCGCUGCUCGUGGCCCGGCGGGGUUCCUGCCGCUUCCCUGCAGUUCCAGGGACUCCCCGAAGGCGUCCGGGUGGGACUGGUGUCCUCUGCGCUCCUGGCGGCUGUCCCCGCCCAUCCCCGGCUCAGUGGCGUCCCCGUCACCUGCCUUGCUCGCCACCUGAUGACCACGCGCACCUGCACUGUCACCGCGGAGGCCCCUCGAGAGGUGCUGUUGCAUCCAAUUAUUGAGGAGACUCGGUCAGGGGAGACACAGGUGGUACUGCAGGCCUCUGGCUGUCUCCCACCUUCUCGAGCAUCUUGGGCCCGGGAAGGGCGGCCCCUGGCCACCGGAGGCAGUGGCCGCCUGCGACUCAACCAAGAUGGGCGGAGGCUCCUCAUCAGCAACUUCAGCCUGGAUUGGGACCUGGGAAAUUACUCCGUGUUGUGCAGUGGGGCGCUGGGUGCUGGUGGCAACAAGAUCACCCUCCUUGGACCCUCCAUCUCCUCGUGGAGGCUGCAGAGAACCCGGGAGGCAGCAGUGCUGACUUGGGAUGUGGAACGCGGGGCCCUGAUCAGCGGUUUCCAGAUCCAGGCACUGGUAGAGGACCCUGACCAGGGCAGAGCCACCGCCUCCAAGGACUGGGUCUCCCUGCUCAGGCUGGGACCUCAGGAGCGUUCAGCUGUGGUGCCCCUACCUCCUCAGAAUCCCCGGACCUGGGUCUUUCGUAUUCUGCCCACCCUGGGGGGCCAGCCAGGGACCCCAUCCCAAAGCCGGGUCUACCGGGCCGGCCCUACCCUGGGCCCCGGGGCCAUCGCUGGCAUUGUCCUGGGCUCCCUACUGGGCCUGGCGCUCCUGGCAGCGCUUCUCGUCCUGUGCAUCUGCUGUCUGUGCCGCUUUCGAGGAGAGACUCCUAAGAAAACGAAGCAUCCUCCCACCUUGACCCCUGUAUUCCCCCUAUCGGAAAAGAAGAUGCAGAGCGUGACCCCAGUGCAGACCCCACAGCCUCUGCCCCUCAAAGCCCUGCUAGAGGACCCUAGCCCAACCAGCGCCCACCCAGCCACCGGUCCCAGGCCAGUCAUCUUUCCAAGUGGGGGCACCAAGACCAUUCGGGCAGCCACGCAGGUGUGACCAGGGCUAGGGACCUGCUCUGAGCAGGACUUUGGGGGCAGGACUUGCUGUUUGGCCCCAGCAGCAGCAGGGGACUUCCUGUUCCGCUGUGAUUGAACAUUGGACCCGGGAAGUGGGACUUCCUGUCUCCUCUCACCGCAGAAGGACUCGCCCUGUAUUUGUGCAACUAAGGAGUUGGGACUCCUGGGCUGAGAGAGACUCCUGCUGACCUAAAAGUGUGGUUUGCACAACCUUUAAGCAGGCAAAGAUCUGUGGCUGACCGGCAGGGGUUGCUGUGCUGCUCUGAGCUGGAGAGGGUUCCCGGCCUCCAUUCUCUGGAAAGGUCUUCCUAUAUUAACAUUUGCCUCCUCCAGGCCAUGCCCCAUCCAUCUCGCAGCAUCUUCAUCUUAGAUCAGAUCACGUCCCUCUUCUCUUUAAGCCCUUCUAUGGCUUCCCAUUGCCCUUCAGAUAUGGUCCAAACUCCUCAUCGUGACCGUCGAAGCCUUGUGGUUUGGCCUCUGUCAGCCUCUCUGACCUCCGCUCCCAGAAAUUUCACCCCUGCUUCUCUCCAUCAUGCUUUAGUUUGCCUCCAGGCCUUUGCUCCCAGAGUGUACUGUGCCUGGAGCAGCAUUCUUUGUUCCGUGUCAUUCAUUUUUCAAGUGUAAAGGUAACCAUUACCAUCUUAGAGGACCCUUCUCUAACCCAUGACCCUAACCUGCCUUGGUCACGGGUUAGGCCCCAGAGGUCCUGAACCUCCUGCUUCUCAUUUGUAAAUACAUAAUUACUUGUUUAACCUCAGAUUUCCUCUUUAAACUAAGAGUUCCAUGAAGGUAGAGACCAUGUCAUUAUCCCCAGUACUUAACACAGAGUUUGGCACACAGCAGGCCAUCCUUAAGUAUUUGUUGACUGAUCAAAUGUCUGAGGUCAGUGAAGGACUGGGCUUGCUGCUGCUCUGCUCAGCAGAAUGCUUUCCUUUUCCAAUUGGGUUUCUCAUUGGAAAUUUAAGGAGUGCAUUAAUGAAGAUUCUUUUGUCUGUAAAUAAGAAAAUAAAUGAUGGCAAGAAAUAUGGAGGUAGGUGGUUUCAGGUUGGCUCAGCAACUUAGUGACCCCAUCAAGUACCUGGGCUCUUUGGGUCCUUCUGCUCUGCCACCCUCAGUGGGUUGGCAUAUUGUCUCAAGUAGCAAGAUGGCUGCUGCAGCUCCAGGCAUCACAUCUUCACACAACUGUACCUGAUGACAAAAGGAAGGGAGCAGGGUUCCUCUCCUCUCAUGAGUGGGGAAAAACAAUUUCCUGAAAGCCUGACAUUCCCUUUUGUUCCCUUUUGUCUCAUUGAACAAAAAACUGGCCUCAUCACUGCAAGGGAGGCUGGGAAACCAAAUAUCUCAUGGGGGGUGGGCAAAGAUGAAAGUAGAAACAAGUAACUAAAGUAUAGGCAACCAGUAUCUGUCUCAGACCUCCACUCAACCACAUCCUUAAUGACACUGACACCUGCAGGCGGGGGCUUUGGAAAAAGGCGUUUAUUGGUGUGGUGGUCUCAACACUCCCCAUGAAUCGGAACACACGGCCCCCAGGGCCCCCCGCCCCCCCUCCUUUUCACCCUUCCCCCUCCCCUCCCGGUCCCCCGGACCCUGGGAAUGGAAGACAAUGUGGGAUGGGGCCCACGCCCCCGUCUGAGGUACAGUCACUGGCCCUUGCCCCCCUGCCCCUGCUCUGCCCUUCUCUCCCCCUCCCAAGCUCUGGGUGGUACAGUUCAGGGUGGGUGUUUAUAGAGGGUCUCUCGGGAGUUGGAGCUGAUGACUUGGCAUCUUGGUCUGGGCUCGGGAUGUCUGUGUGAUGCCUCUCUCUCCCCCACUUUGUGUGAUGUGGUGUGUCAGGGUGGGGUAUUCCUACAAUUAGAGCUGAAGUUACAGCCUCAGAGCCCCUUCCUGAUAACAGUUGCCCAAUCUUGGGGGAACUACAGCUGGUCACUGGCUACAGGACAGCUGGAGCCAGCGGGCUAUUGCUGGUCACAGUCGCUGGUGUGUGUGUGCGUGUGUGUGCGUGUGUGUGAGGACGGUCAGGUCAGCUUUUGGGAGGGUCAGUUGGUGAAGAGGCCAGGGAGUGGUAGACCAACAAGGCCACACCUGUGGGCCAGCUGCAGGGGCGUUGAAGGCAGCUGGUUGGUGCUGCAGGUGGUCGAGGGGAGUGGGGGCGGGGUAGGGCAAAGCACUGAGACAGACAGGUGACAAUAGGCACCAGCCUGACAGUUGGAUGGAAGCACCGAUUGGCCCAGGAGCGGGCCAGAAAGUCCAGGGUGGGGAGGGACGGGGAGAGUGGGAAGGUCUCAGGCUGCUGAGCCAGUGAUGGGGCCUCUGGCUCCAGGCAGCUGGCCGGUUGACAGCGGGGAGGCCCAGAGCCAAGAUGGAGAUACUGCACCUGCUCGUAGAGGCUGAGUGACAGCUUGACGGGCAAGCACGAUGCCAUCCCCACUCCCAACCUGCCCAGGAGACAGUCUUUCAACAGGGAGGGGAGGGGGCAGUGUGCGUGCAUAUAUUGGGAAAACAGGAGCCUGGAAAACCUCUCCUCACAGCUUCCAGCACGGAGACCCCAUACCUACCUCCAGCCAGAGGUGAGAGACAGCAGGGUUGGGGGCAGUGGAUGUGGGGGGUGCCGAGGAGGGAAGAGAGCCCCCUUCCCCACCCACCCACCCAUACACACACACACACACACACACACACACACACGUGUGCAGGCUCACACUCACACCCACCACACACGCGCAAUCCAGUUGACAGCCUGAGCUAAGAGAGGGGUGUGGGGUGGCCGGGGGUGGGUCACGAUCGGAAAGGUGAACGGUGGCGAGAAUGGCUGUAGAAAGAUGCAUAAUUUUGCGUUAUCCCUCACAGUGAUGGGUUCUCUAAAGAUCUUUCCUCCUCUUCUUCCUUUUCCUCUCUUCUUCCUCGGUGGCCAAGAGCUCCUCCGCCCCCUCGAGACCCACGGCGCUUGCUCCCCAUUCUCCUCUCGCUCUCGGCCUCAGACCCCCAGCAGGGGGACGCCAGCAGCACUGGGUUCUUCCUACAUCCUCCACCACAGCCAGCCCAGGGCGGAGAGGAGGGUCAGGGGCCCUGGGGGCCUCGGUGCCGAGUUCUCCAGGGAUCCUGGGCCUGGCGAAAGAGAGGGGGUCAGGGGAGGAGGCCCAGAGGGGGGAGACCCCAUGUGUGUCUCUCCCAGGUGUCUUGUCUCUGAUUUGGUCUCUGAGGGUCUCGUCUGAGGAUACCUCCUGGGGACCUUUCUGGGCUUUCACUCACUGUGCCUGCUCUCCGACUCUGUUUCAAUCUAAGCACCUGGCUAAUGGCUGUUUCCUCUGCCUGCAAAGCUCUUCCUGCAGAUCUCAGCAGGGCUGGCUUCUCUUGACCAUUCAGGUCUCAGUUCAGAUGUUACCCCCUCCAGGAAGCUUUCUCUGAUGAGCUUAUCCAAUACUACCAUCCCCAACUCUAUUAUUUAUUUUCUUCA